AUGAGUGACAUAGAAUGUGUAAAUGGUGCGCGAUUGAAUGGCAAUUCAGGUGAUGUAGUGAAAACACCAUUUUUGAUCGGAGUUGCUGGUGGAACGGCGAGCGGAAAGUCCACCGUAUGCAAACGAAUCAUGGAGCAACUAGGCCAAGCUGAUAUGGACCAUACGCAGCGACAAGUCGUCACAAUAAGCCAAGACAGUUUCUAUCGCGAGCUGUCUGAGUCGGAAAAGGCGCGUGCGGAACGGGGUCUGUUUAACUUCGACCACCCGAGCGCCUUCAACGAGGAAUUGAUGCUUCAAACGCUGCAGGAGAUUCUACAAGGGAAAAAAGUUGAGAUUAAUGAGUACGAUUAUCGGCGAAACGCAGUUUGUCCGGAAAAGAGAAUUGUUAUAUAUCCGGCGGAUGUGGUUUUGUUUGAGGGCAUACUGGUGUUCUAUUUUCCCGCCAUUCGUGAUCUUUUCCACAUGAAGUUGUUUGUCGAUACCGAUUCGGACACAAGACUAGCUCGACGAGUUCCACGGGACAUUAACGAACGAGGACGAGACUUGGACCAAGUACUCAAUGCUUACAUGAAUUUCGUCAAACCUGCUUUUGAAGAGUUUUGCUCUCCGACGAAGAAAUUUGCGGAUGUAGUAAUUCCACGAGGAGCUGAUAAUACAGUCGCAAUUGAUCUGAUCGUCCAGCACAUCCGCGAGUUUCUGAACAAUCGUACCCGCAGUGAUCAUAGUCCGCAUAUGGCCGCGUGCGGUACAAGUGCGAUGAAUCUGGCUAAUGGUAGAGCUCAAACUAGUAUGCACUCGAUAUCACCUUCCAUGAUCAAUAAUCAGCUUUACGCGGUACUGUACGAGUACAGUUGA